GGAGUUACAGCUGGGAGGAGAACGGGAGCGGAAGGGAUGCUUUAACAAGACCCAGCAUUCAGGGUGCCUCCAUCCAUCACAUUGGAAGAACAAAUAGGAAGCUGAGAUAUUGACAUUGUGCCUGCUCAAAUACAGUGCCGAGAGAGCCUUGUACUCCUUUGCCACCUAAGGCCAAGCUUUGUUUAUGGAAUUCCUAUGCCACAGAUAGAUGGACUAUAAGAAUAUUUCAAAGGACCUCUCCAAGAAAAUUUUGAUGUACCUUGAAGAACCAUCAGGAUGGAGAGUGGCAAAAUGUACAAAACAUAUUUCAGUCUUGGCAAAGCCUGCAACAGACUUCCCAGGAACUGUAUAUCGUGCGGAAGCGCUGAUAGAAGUCCCGGCUGCUAAACUCUUCCCCUUCAUUUACUGUGCUGAGUACCGCAGCAAGUGGGACAGGGCCCUGCAGUCAUACAAACUUGUAGACACAAUUGACGAGGACACUUUCAUUUACCGCAGCAUUACACACAGUUACGGCAUGGGACUGGUGUCGCCAAGAGAUUUCGUCUUCCUGUUGCACAUCAAAAAAUAUGGAGAUUUAAUGACGACAAACUCUUUAAGCGUGGAUCAUCCAGACUACCCUCCAUGUCAAAAUUAUGUGCGUGGUACAAGCUUCCCCUCUGGUUAUGCAUGUUGUCCUUUACCCGGGAAUCCAAACCACUCCAAAUUAAUGGCGAUCAUCCAGGUGGACUUGGGAGGAAAGUUAAUGCCUUCUGUGAUAGAUUCGGUUAUGCCAAUGAGCCUUAUGAACUUAGUCACGGAUUGCAAAACUGGGCUUAAGGCAUUAAAGGAAAACAUCCCAUAAAAGUCUCCCAGAGGGUGGAAGGAAGGUUGUUUGCAGUACGCAGCUGUCACUCAUGUUUGGUUUAAUGUCAAGGGUCAAAGGGAAUAUAUACUGAGUGGGAUCAGUAUGGAAUAUAUAGGAGUUGCCAAGUUCAGUCACAGCUAGGGAUGUGUUAGAAUUCCGCCCAAUUCAGAUUUGGUGCCGAAUUUCCCAUUAAUUCACUUAUUCUCAGUCGCUGAGAAUUGGAUUUUAAUGUAGCAAAUUUCUGCAGCUAUUUCUGAAAACUGAUUUUUUUUCCCAACAAAAAUUCUGCCUCUAAAACAUUGAUUGUAAGAAUGAUAAUCUAUUGAUAUUUUCUUUAAAAAUAUCAAUAUUUUCUUCAAAGGAAAUGUCCUUUAGAAAUAUCGAUAUUAAUAUCAAUAUUUUUUCCAAGCGAAAAACACCAACGGGUAGGUGAAAGCAGCAGCUAGAGGAUACAGAACGAACUUGAAUCGAUGUUAGCCUGUUAAGUCAACAGAAUGCUUUUGAACCAGCAUGGCCAAAGGAUCCCACCCCUAGUCAGAGCAGAGGUUGAUCUCAUUCACAAUUUUGUCUCCAAGUAUAAGAUGUGAUGGAAUCAAUUAUCCUCUGAGUUAGACUUGAGAAGAAGACAUAGCUAGUCACUAGGGAUGGGUAAGAAUUUUGAUUCAGUUUGCAUUUCAAGCAGAAUUUAUCAAAUUCGCAAUUUCCGAAACAAUAUGCGACCCAAAACAUAGCCAUCCUUCGAAAUUCGCAUUUAUUAGAAUUUUGGGGUGAAGUUUGCCAACUCAACAUUUACAGGAAUGCAUAUAUUAGGGGAAAUUGUGCAUAAAUAUGAAUACAUGGGUGAGAAUAGCAUGCAAAAAGACAUGAAAUGAUGAGAAACGGCUUGUAAAAAUGUGUACCUUUGUCAAAACUGCCUGCAAAAAUAUGUUUAUUUGGAGAAAUGGUGGAGAAUUUUCAUGAGGAUUUUUUUUUUAAAUGUAGAUUGCUGCAGAAAUGUAGAGAACUGAAUUUAACAUUGGAAACAUGAGAAAGGAAGAGAACUGAAACAGGCAGAUCUUUCCAUCCCUACUAGCCACCUAGACUGAUAAAACUCUGAUUCCUCCCAAAUACUACUGCAGCAGUGGGGAGAUUGUGGUCCUCCAGAUGCUGUUGGGCUCCCAACUCCCAUCAGCCCUAGCCACCAUGGCCAACGGUCAGGCAUGAUGGGUUUUUUAGUCUUGACAACAACUGGAGCUUUGAAGGCCCCCACCCGUCUGUUAUGAUGGUGCUUGAGGAGAUUCACACAUUUCCCACGCACAGAAACGCUUUGAGGUGCUCCUUGCGAUGCUUGCAAACUUGAAGAGGCUAAACAGCAGCCAGUUUACUGUCCCUCUGCAAACCUUUAAUCCAGUGGUUCUCAAACUUUUUUGAUUUGCGGUGCACUGUAAAACAUAUAAAAAUUUUCUGGCGCACUUCGUGUACAAAAUUAAAAAAAUAUUAAUAUAUUUUAAACUGAAUAAAAAUUAUAGAAAACUAUU